AUGAUGUGGAGAACAAAUGGAGGCACAUAUUUAGAUUUGAGGAUGCUUGGGCCAGGGGAAGAUAGGUGUGAAAGAAUUGUUAGACAUAAUUGGAAUGGUAAUUAUUUGCAAGGGUACAAUAAAAUCAAAGUUGUUUCAGGUAUUGGGGAGUCCUUCAAGGAGUUUAGGUGUGAGUCCAUCUGCGAAUAUCUUAACUGCAUAGAGGAACUUCCGAAGGUAGAGGAAAGAUGGGAUACUAGCAAGGAGAGUAUAAAGAAGUUGAAGUCAUUAUAUAGUCAAAGAAACAACCUUAUGAAAAUGGAAGAAGCGAUAUGGAGACAAAGGAGUAGAGCGUUGUGGCUGCAAGAUGGGGAUAAAAACACGAUAUUCUUUCAUGGGAAGGUUGAACAGAGGAAAAGAACUAAUCACAUAAGCAAGCUGAAGGAAGAUAAUGGAAAAUGGUGGAUGGGAGAGUUAAUUAUUAUGCCAGAUAUCAUUGAUGUGGAGAAAAGCACCUUUGUCAAGGGGAGAGUGAUUACGAACAAUGAUCUUAUAGCCAUAUAUUCUAUCUGGUUUACUGAAGAAGGAGGCAGGGGAUCAAAACAUUCAUGGAAUUCAAGUUUCCAAGAGGGCUCAAGUAUCUCACACAUCUUCUUCCCUGACGAUAGUAUUCUAUUCUCCUGUGCCAAUUCUACCGAAGUAGAGAGAAUCAUGGAGAUCCUUUCAACCUAUCAGAAAGCCUUAGGACAAAUUGUGAAUCUCGAUAAGUCAGAAGCCUCUUUCAGUUGA